UCUUGUUGCUGAGCGUCUAUCACGCCGCGCUGUGCGUCUUCACAAAGAUGCUAGAUAGGAACCUUGCUAGCGAGCUAAAGGCUGCCUGUGUGAUCAUUUAACCAUGUUAUGUCAUCUUAUCUAAACAAAUCAGCCCGUCGACAGAACGUUCUUGUCUCGAAUCUCGACGUGACGAGGAUCGAAGAUGUCUGCAAGAGAAAGAGCGUUGAUGAGCAAAGACAGCGUCAGCCUGCUGCCGUGCUUCUACUUUGUGGAGCUGCCUAUCCUGGUCUCGUCCAUGGUCAGCUUGUACUUCCUGGAGUGGACGGAUUUGUUUAAACCGGUCAAGUCUGGCUUUCACUGUCAUGAUCGCAGUCUGAGCCUACCCUACAUCGACCCCAACCAUGAGGUCAUUCCUCUGCUGAUGCUGCUGAGCCUGGCCUUUGCAGGGCCUGCCAUCACGAUGCAGAUCUUUGCACGUCCCCAUUCCGGGAGACAGGAUGGCUGGGGAGGGAAGACCAGACCUUGGCAAAGUCCAGAUGCAUUUGGUCCUCAUGGAAAGUACAAAAUAAAAUCAUGUACGGUGCAUUUACAUCAUGCGUGGAUUAAUGCUUUUGUUUUGAAGAUCAUGAUUGGAGAAGCUAUCCUCUUUUGCUGUCUGUCUCGACGGAAAAGUUGUGCUGGGGCCGAAGCAAACAUCAACGCAGCCGGCUGCAACUUCAACUCCUUCAUACGAAGAGCUAUACGUUUUGUUGGUGUUCAUGCGUUUGGUCUUUGUGCCACAGCCCUGGUGACGGACAUCCUUCAGCUGAUGACAGGCUACCCAGCGCCGUACUUCCUAACCGUGUGCAAACCCAACUACACGACUCUUAGCAUGAGCUGUGAACACAACUCUUACGUCAUGGAGGAUAUCUGCUCAGGCUUGGAUUCUGCUGCCAUCAAUCGGGGCAGAAAAUCCUUCCCAUCCCAGCACGCUACUCUGGCAUCGUUUGCUGCUGUCUACGUUUCGAUGUACUUCAACAGCACUCUGACCGACUCUUCCAAGCUGCUCAAGCCUCUGUUGGUGUUCUCCUUCAUCAUCUGUGCCAUCAUCUGUGGUCUGACCCGCAUCAUUCAGUACAAGAACCAUGCCAUCGAUGUCUAUCUGGGGUUCCUCAUUGGUGGAGCCAUUGCUCUCUACCUGGGUUUGUACGCAGUUGGAAAUUUCCUCCCUAGCGAGGAGUCCAGCACCAGUUCCCCUUCCCAGCCCCACUGCCCCUCCUGUUCCUUUCCCCACAUCAGCCAAGAGGCCGUCCUCCAUCAUCACCUCCAAAUGAAAGCCAGCCUUUCUGGGGAGGCGAGAAUUAGCAGCUCUCAAUCUGAAGGUCUUCUCCAUCGAGCUCUUCCACAGCAGAAUGCUGAAGAGAGCCUGAAGUGCCCAACCAGAGAUGCAGAUGGGAUCCCCUCCCACAGCCCACGGAGCAAAGACACCGUGGCCACCUUUAGCCACACCCUUCCUCGUGUCCACACACCGCAGGCCAUCGCGGCAUACGAGGAAGCGGCAAGACGUCACGCCGCCACCCUCAACCACGCCUCCAUGGAUUCCAGUCGUUCCAAGCAGCUUCUGUCCCAGUGGAAAAGUAAAAACAGCCACAAGUCCACCCUCCAGGUGCCUGACUGCUUCUUACCCUCAGGAGACUUGUCAUCCGUUCCGCCCGCUCAGCACCCUCAUUACCACGGCAGCAUGGAGGUCCGAUCCAGCUCGGAACCAUCAGCUGUGAGCCUGGAUGCCAGCUUUGAAGCACAUGCUUUCAUGUCCAAACUGGCCACAGGAGCGAGUAGCACGUUGCCCAGCAACUGCAGCGGCAUAACCGGAGGAGCUCGGAUGUUGAUGCAGCCUCGACCCGGGUCUUCACAACUGGUCCACAUACCUGAAGAAUCCCAUGAAAAUUACCACAAUACCUCCCCAAGGGCAGUAGGGGGAGGGAGCGAGGGCGGCUCUGCAGGAGAAAGCACAGUUCAGGCGAACUGGCAAAGGGCAGCUGAGAAGACAACCCAACCACGGAUCGUUCAGGUGAUCGCUAUGUCCAAGCAGCAGGGUCUCCUUCAGACUCACUCCAGGAGCUUGGAUGAGAGCAGCACGGUGGGAAGCUCGCAGGGCUCGGCUCACUACAGGGCUCUUACGGACAAGGAACCCAGUAGCACCACGGGACCCAGCUCGCUGGCCAGUGCCACAGGAAGUAUUUCAGGGAGCACUGGAGCAAUUGUCCGAAUAGAGGCGCACCCUGAAAACCACAAACCAGUCAUCCAAGCUCCGUCUACCGAUGGAAGUGGAUCAUGGCGGUGGCGGUCUCUGGAUCACGGCAAUGGCGCUGCUGCUGUCGGGCCUGCUGCAACAGGAAGUGGAAUUCUUAGGCAGUCCUUUGACCUGAAUGAUCUCAAUAGAGACUCUGAAAGCUCCGACUCUAUACGAGAAGGGUCUAUCGACAGGAAGCGUUCCAAUCACGUCGUUACCAGCGCUGGCACGGUUAGCACACCACCCGUAGUUGCUGUCCAAACCAGCCAAGCUGGGAUCGCAGAGCAGAAGCACCACAAUCAGAGCCUCUCCACCAUCAGGGUUACUCCAGGAGAUGGUGGAGGCAGCGGCGAUACGGCUCCAGAGAUACUCUCAGCCACCUCUAGUCGUGAAUCAACGCUACGGAGAAAAGGCCAUAAUGUCAUCCUGAUUCCAGAGAGAGGAAGCAGCCCAGAUAUCACUCGAAAUGUUUUCUACAAGGGAACAUCCAUGCCCAACAAGGAGUAAUGCAUGGAAAACCUGGAGUCAACAUUUCAGUGUGCUUCCACCUUUGCUUUGUUUUCAUCUAACUCUACUUUGGUGCAUUUGGUCAGGUGGAUUGGGGGCCAACCCACCCGUCCAAGACCGUCUAGGUGAACUGCAGUUCCUCCGUACGCUUCAACAAAGAAAACUGAAAAACAGAAUCAGUCAUGUUGGCCCUGAACAGAAUCAUGUUUAUAGAAGUACAAACCUGGUAAUAAAACCUGGUGAUGAAACCUGGUUAUAAAACCUGGUUAUAAAACCUGGUGAUGAAACCAGGUGAUGAAACCUGGUGAUGAAACCUGGGACUUCCAGCUUGGUCAUGUUACAGCGUAGUCGCUACCACGGAGAGGGCUGAGUGUGUGACUUGUAUUUCUCUGCCAAAACACUAGGGGCAGUGUUGUCCUGGGAGUGAGCCAACACAACUAGCUGUUUAGCUUCCUGUUUAGUACUUUUAAAGCGACACCCACAUUGUUUUUGGAGCUUCUAUUGUGCAUGUUGCACCGUUGGGGAAGGUAGGCUGUGUGACUCCCUGAACGAGUCCAGCCAGAGGACUGUUUUGGUGGAUUUAAAAGCGGUGCUUUCAUGGGAAAAGCUGACCAGUCACAGCUCUGUGGUCCGCAUCACCGUUGAGGUGUGGUUGGAAUUUCUUGGAGGUGCACGUCAAGGUUCCCUGAGGCGUCUUGGAGGGGGAGGAGCCAGACGAAGCCUUCAAGGAACAUGUGUUCAACUCUGCACGGUGGGAAGGACGUUCACAUGUUGGCAGUUUCAAGCGCUUGAAAAGGAGCAUUUGCGUGACUGCGUCAUCAUGCUACGCCUCCGUUAACCCCACGCAUCAACAUGACACACUGGCCAUGCGCCACUGACUCCCAGGAGUUUGAAAUUGCACUGUGCUGUUUGCUGCUGUCAUGAGGAGACCAAACCCUAAAUAUGAUUAGAAGAGGAUAUUGUUUUGUGUGGUGCUGUUUCACUUCACUCCAGUGACAAACUUUCCUGUUUACAUUCCAUCACACGUCCAUGACCAAUAAGAGAAAAGAACAAAGUCACAUGAUUAGUUCUGUGUGUACAUUGUCAGGCAACUGGAUUCUUCCUUUAGCUGAAAACAUUUCACCUUUCAUCCAAAAGGCUUCUUCAGGUCGACAUGUUAGGUGUGGAGUCUCCCUACUUAUGUCCCUGGUGGGUGUGUCCCCUUGUGUGGCUGGUGAACGACCGUCAUGCAUAGCGAUGUCUCGUUCUCCUGCCUGCUGGCAAAACAGCUCGUUAGUGGCCGCUCUUCCUGUGGAAUGAGACAAUCAUUGGGGGGGGCAGACAAUAGGUGAUGGCCUAAAGCUCCUCCUCCGCUCCUCUGUUUAGGAAGGGUUUGACACAGAUGUCUUCUCUCACACUUCUUUCAACGCAGUGAUCCUCCCUGUACAGAAUGUGGACAAGGUUGUCUUCAAAGGAAUGUCCCCUCCUUUUUGAGAUGCAAGACCUGCUGAUUGUGGGUCCAAAGAAACUGCUCUCUGAUGUUCAGGCUUGCUUGGUCUCUCCAUUGUAGAGGGCUUUGCACUCCUUCUUGGGAUUUGGACUUUGGGACAAAGCAGCUUUUCAAAGAAGACUUUUGGAUGAAUGGUCUUGAGCCAACACGAAGGGUCCAGUUGCUUUGAUUUGUUGUGAAUAUUUUCACUGGCUUGGAUAUUUGACGAGCGACGCACGGAGCAAAAAGGCGAAAGCAAGCUGAGCGAUAUGAAGCCAGAUGAUACUGUACAUAUUAUUAGCAUCAUAACAUGUAGCAUGACAUUUUCUAAAUGUUAACUAAAGCACAACCUUUGAAGUGUUGACUAAAAGAAUCACUGUGUACUUUUGUAGCCACUUCUAUGCUAACUUCUAGUUUUGAAAGGAAUCUAUAUGUUUUCUAUAUGAACACAGCCAGCGUAUAUUGUAGUAAACGUACACUUUGCAUCAAUCCACUCUUCUCUUUCACUGGAAUAACUACAGUGUGUUGUUCAAAAGGGUGCUAUACCAGAAAAUAUCAUAAUGUAUAUUAGUUAGCUUAGACAAUAGUAAAUACAGUCGAACCUCAGUUUUUCUAUUUUCCCCAGUUUCCAUGUGAUUCCUUUUAUGGAAAGUUUAUGCAACAAAGCACCCUACAUGUUGCUGACUCCCUAACCGUGCAUUUUUGUAUCAAGUGUGACUGCUAAAUAACCCGCCAUGGGGCCAAAGGAAGGUGGGGGGUGGCAGACAUUUGAUGCAGGGUUUGAGAAAGACAAUUGUAUUUAAUAAUUCCAUGUCAAUCACCAGGAUGUACAGGAAGUCUGCCUCAACAAUAACCUCCAUCCAUUCCUCACUUAUCAUUAUUUCACAUUGUUUUCUGCAUGUCAAAUUACAAUCAUUCCGGAUAAAAUGUAUUUUUCUUCUUAUAUUUGAGUGUACAGAUGAAUUGGAUGUUCAUGAUUUCCUGUGAGAAAAAUAGAUUGGGUAAGGAAAACCGAGGUUCCUCUGAAAUUUCUCGCAAAUAUUGAAGAAGAAAGCAAGGCUGACCAAGGGGGUAUUCUGCGAAGCGAGUUUAGUGGGUUAGCGAGCUGUAUUGAGUGGAAAGCCAGACUUGCGUGUUCAGCGAAGGUACUGUUGCUCUCUUUUAAAGCAGCUCUAUCACCGUGGUAGCUUAAGCUAAGGUCAUAGCCUGGUGAGACCAGGUUAUGUCCAGGCUUUCAUCUUAAAAUGGGCAAGUAAAGUGCCACUGUUUCACUGUUUGGCUUAUUCGGAGGGCCGCACAGUGGUCUAGUGGUUAGCACGUUGGCCAACACAGUAACAGCUUGGAGAUCAGAAAAACAUGGGUUCGAUUUUCCCCUGGGCAUUUCUGUGUGGAGUUUGCAUGUUCUCCCCGUGUGCGCGUGGGUUUUCUCCGGGUACUCCGGCUUCCUCCCACAUUCCAAAAACAUGCAGGUGAGGUUAAUUGGCGACUUGGCGGUAUGAAUGUGAGUGUGAAUGGUUGUUUGUCUAUAUGUGCCCUCCGAUUGGCUCGCGACCAGUCCAGGGUGUACCCCGGACUGUCAGCUGGGAUAGGCUCCAGCAUGCCCCCGCGACCAUAAUGAGGAAGAAGCGGUAUAGAAAAUGGAUGGAUGGACUAAUUCGGAGAUUUCGUCACCGUUUGUUGACAACCUACAAGGUUCCCGAGGGGACAUCGAGAAAAAAGUUUUUAAAAGAGUAUUCUCUGAUGGUAUUAUCCAUCUAUAAGUGAGAUAGAUUUUCAGUGGAGGGAAUAUGCUAGAUAUGCUCACGCGAGCACCAGAAAUAAAAUGCAAUAUGAAAUAUUAACAUUUAUUGUUGGCAGAUGUAAAUGUCACAGGAGUCUUGCGUGAGUAGUCAGCCUGUUAGUCUUCUUAUAUUACAAUAUUUGCUGGAGGAAUAAACACUCAGAGGAAUCAAUCAACUGCAUUAAACCACUUAUUAUAAAAAGGAAACCCAACAAAAGUCGCCGCAAAACACUGCCAUCUAGUGGUCACAACGAGCUACAGCAGAUUAAAAUAUUUCAUAAGCGAAAGUUGUUGCUCCACUGUAUUUAUUUUUUAACUGGAUAAGUGUUAAUAUGUCAAAGUUGUGCAAUGUUGAGCGUCGAUCAAUGAAAGGACUAGUAGGUCAUAGCUUGUAUAACAAUCAGUGUUAAUUUGCGCAAUCACACGCUGCAUUCUUGCAUGCCAGCAGUUCUCCCUCACUGUAUUGGCGGCGACUCAUUUUUUAAAAAAUACGCUGGGUGGUAUGCUUCACUUUUCAGCAGAAGUAGAAUAAUAUGACGUCAAACGCCCCCUCUCGUGUGAACGCGCACAAAGCCGAAAACCGGACUUGACGAAGUUGAUAACCACCGUCGCGGGACCAAUUAAGUCUGAUUGCGGAUGUUAGGUUUUGUCGAGUUGCAUCUUGAGAACAAAGCCUGGGUUUGUGAGGCCACUUUUGCUGUAUAACCCCAGAAUAUGUAAGAGAAGCAUGAUUGAUGUGUUUUGGAACCGUAAGUGUGCUUAGCUUUCAAGUGAAAUAAGCUGUCACUUGCACUUAAAGUCUUUACUGGACUUUCUAGCACAUACUCAAUAACAUCAUAUCCCAUAACCAUAUGUACCCGUGUACACCCGUAUGUACCCAUAUGCACCCAUAUACACCCGUAUGUACCCAUAUGCACCUGUAUGUACCCAUAUGCACCCAUAUACACCCGUAUGUACCCAUAUGCACCCGUAUGUACCCGUAUGCACCCAUAUACACCCGUAUGCACCCAUAUGCACCCGUAUAUACCCAUAUACACCCGUAUGUACCCAUAUGCACCCGUAUGUACCCAUAUGCACCCGUAUGCACCCAAAUGUACCCAUAUACCCCGUAUGUACACAUACGCACCCAUAUACACCCGUAUGUACCCAUAUGCACCCGUAUGUACCCAUAUGCACCCAUAUACACCCAUAUGUACCCAUAUACACCCGUAUGUACCCAUAUGCACCCGUAUAUACACAUACGCACCCAUAUACAACCGUAUGCACCCAAAUGUACCCAUAUACACCCAUAUGUACCCAUACGCACCCAUAUACACUCGUAUGCACCCACAUGUACCCAUAUACACCCAUAUGUACCCAUACGCACCCAUAUACACUCGUAUGCACCCAAAUGUACCCAUAUACCCCGUAUGUACACAUACGCACCCAUAUACACCCGUAUGUACCCAUAUGCACCCAUAUACACCCAUAUGUACCCAUAUACACCCGUAUGUACCCAUAUGCACCCGUAUAUACACAUACGCACCCAUAUACAACCGUAUGUACCCAUACGCACCCAUAUACACUCGUAUGCACCCACAUGUACCCAUACGCACCCAUAUACACCCAUAUGUACUCAUGGGCACCCAUAUACACCCAUAUGUAGUCAUGGGCACCCAUAUGUACAGCAUGUUGCAUUCAUCCCUCGUCUACAGCAAAAAAUCCAGGUAUAUAUUUGUUUAUGACACAUUCAUAUUUUUGGUCUAACCAAGCAAGUCAUCCAAGUGGAGUCACUUGGUUCCAAUAAACAUUGAAAACAUGAAAAAUAGCUUGAUAAAUGUCCUCCCGAACAUAAAUCGUGUCUUUAUGACAUCUUGCUUGUGUUGACGUUCAACAUUUGGAAAGAGUUUCUUUUGUCAAAGUGUAUCCCGUACGUACUGUAUAUUCUGUUUGAAGCCUACUUGCUGUAUAUUUCUAUAUUAACAGAUGCAAUAUUUCACUUUGAAAGCAUGCAAUAAUACUUCACCAUGUACACUAGAUCUUGCUAUUUUGCCUUUGUCAUGUAUGACAUAUGUUUCUUGGCAUGUCACCGCAGAAUGGACAGAAAAGCAACACAAGACGUACUGUAUGUUAUAAUAUCCACGUAUGUUAUGUUUUUUCUGUUUUGACCUCAGGGGUCCAGGCUGGGAUCUUCCACUUUUCUUCCUGUUUGUUUUCUUUUACAUUUCACCUACAGAACUCUUCACUUGCUUUGGUCGCUUUUCUUUUUCCCAGUACAAGCUCACAUGUGUGACUCUAUAGUUAUUUUAUGUUCAUUUUAUUUAAUUAAUUAAUUUAAUUACUAUUGACGUAGUGUGUUAAACAGUAAAAGCACCCCAAAACACCUUGACUGUAAAACUCUCAUGAAAAACUGUAGUCAAAUAGUUAUUAUAUAUAAUGACGUACCUUCAAAGGCAUUACUAUUUACUACUAACAAAUAAUGGACUAUUUACUAUGUAUGUACACAAGAAAUAAUGCAUCUCAUUUAAAAAAAACAAACAAAACAAAACCUCAAGAAAGCUGAGGAUCAUUCAUGAUGGAUGAUUUGGAGGGAAAAGUCAGACCUGUGUUGGCCUUUCAAAGCCAUGAUGUGUGUCUUUGCAGCAGUUUACCACUUGAUGGCACUGAUGGCUUACCCUCCACACUCUCUUCGCAACUAAAUGGCCGUCAAUGCGUUGACUGAUACGUGAUGCAUUUCCCCACCAAUAGGAAGGUGGUGUCAUUUUUCAUUGCCUGUUUUAUUUACCAUCCAAAACCCAUCUGCACUUUUUCAUGUCUGCAUGAAUGCACAAGCUACUGUACGACAUGAAUAUGCAUAAAGUACUGUACAACCUAACAUAAAUAUGACGUGCCAGCAGUUAUAUUCCUCCAAUUUACAUAACCUUACCAAAAGAGAAAUAAGCCACGCCUCCAUCGUGUGUUGUUUUGGCCUGAAUAAAUGUCACUAACGUCUUUUGGACAUCAUCGUGGAAAAGAAUGUGCUCGAAUGUGUUUGCAGCCCAUCACCAUUUGAAAAAAGUUGUGUUUUUCUGUGGCUGCGUCAGUCCUUUCCAGUGCGGAGCUACGGGAUGGGCGUGGCCACCCCACUGGCCAGUUGGACAUUUCAGAAAUCAACUUACUGCCACGCCAUGCGAGUAAUGGUCUCACCUGGAUCACCCCAGUGAAACAUUUCACCUAAUUUUGGAAUUCAGAUGUACUGUAAUAUACAGAACCUUGUAGUGCAGUAAUAUACGUACAGUAAUCCCUCUUUUGUCGGGUUAAUUGGUUCCAGACACAACCGUGAUAAGUUAAUGUCUGCAAAGUAGGAUUCAUUCUUCAUAAAUGGAAUAUUUGGGUAGUUUGGGCAUAGAAAACCUGUUUACCACCUCCUAAAUACACUUCUUAACAUGAUUACAGUCUACUAGACAUGAAAUAACACCCCAGGUCACUUUACACUCCUAUUGCCCAAUACGGUAGACAUAAGAGACGCACGUCAACAUUGGGAGAGGUCCUUGUUUUUGUUGGGUUUUUGUUUUUUUUUUUACCUCCGGGACUUCUUGUGGUGGCAAAUGUCAUGUAGCAUUCUAAAAUAGUGACACACAGUCAGCCGUUGUUUUCAAGAAGUGCUGAAUUCCAAGACAGAACACAGUUGCGGUCGAACACUUUCUCCCACAACAACACUUCCUCCUUAUCCACCAAUAACAGCGUGCUGCGUUCAAGAACAUCAGAAUGUACAACAUUAACAACAACAGGAAGUUCCAGUAACAUUACUGCCAUCUAGUGACCAGUAUAGAAUACUACAUAUCAAAGUGUCUUUCUGAUGGUCUUACAUUUGCAUUUUAGUUCAUUUAGUCAUUUUUAUGCUUGGAAAUGCUUCGUUCUACCCAACAUUUGCUGAAAAAUGCGUAUACAUUUCUGACUAAUAAUAGGCCGUAUUCAACAACCAAACAUUAUUCAUUGACAUAUUUUUGGAAAAGCCGUGUUAGACUGAAGACGCGAAAUUCUAACCGCAAUGUGGCAAGGGACGGCUGUACUGAUUUUGGGUUGGAUAUGCCGAUAUUGUUUAUUGUUAUUAUUACGUUAUGCACAUGAUAUUAUUAUUAUUAUUGUGUAUAUCUGCUAGAGGCUGAAAGCUGAAAUAUUUCAACAUAUUUUCAUGCUGGCAGAGGUGAGGAAGAUUUGGCCUCCUGUUUUACUUUCAUUUUUAGGAGCAUGAAUUAGAUUAAACAUUUGUUACAUGAUUUCAAAGCACUCCGAAUAAAUAUCUGACAUUUUCUAUGCAA